CGUUGCAGCUUCUCCCGAAAGUACGUCUCACGUGUAUAUCCGGAUAGCAUGGUGGAUGACCAGAAAAGGCACAAUGGCACUACAUAAUGUACUGUAUUCUUUCAAGAGGUUAAAAUGGCCUUCUCUUAAUGCCUAUAACGAGUGUUGUGUGAGUGCUUUUCUUAUCCAGUAUCGUUGUUAUGCAAAGAAAGCAGCAAUCAAAGGGAAAGGGAAAGGAAUGGUAAAGGAAGUUAUUAAGGGCCCAGAAAUUUGUAAGGAUCCAGUGAAACUUUGCACUCAUGCAGUUGGAGUCAACAUUUUCAAACAGGGCGAGGACCCACCACUUAAACCCAAGGAAGAGUAUCCAGAAUGGCUAUUUCAGUUGGACCUUGGUCCAACCAAAAAACUUAAUGAACUGGAUCCAGACAGUCGGGAAUACUGGAAGCUUUUAAGGAAGGAACAUAUUUGGAGACAUAAUAAACUGCAUAAAGGCAAAAAGAUGUAAAGGAUUUGGAAAGAAUCAUGCUUUCCUAGCAGGCACAGUGGACAUUACCUGGGCCACAGGUCACAUUCUGUUAGUUAGCUGACUGGACUACCGAUACAGAGAGUUUCACAGUUCUUGAAAGCCCAGUCCCUUUGCCAAUUUACCGAUUAAAUCAGUACUGGAAAGGAUAAACAAACUUGCAAAAACAAAGUUUUUGAAUUUUGGUUCUCCUGUACCCAAGGAUCAAGUGGUUAUAUUUUUGCUACUGUGUGUAUUUAAGAGUUUUGUUGUCAUUCUAUGUAUUACUAUUAAUGUCAUUAUGUGUAUUGUCUCACUCCAGUCACAUGAAAAAAUAAACUUCUUAUUACAUUAUCAAUUA